AUGUCUGGGCCAAACGCUAAAAUCGGCAUGAAAGUAGAGGUUGUAGGCAAAGGUCUUGUGGGUACAGUAGCCUAUGUUGGGGCGACGAUGUUCGCUUCUGGCAAAUGGAUUGGCGUCAUUCUGGAUGAACCGAAAGGCAAAAACGACGGUACAGGUACGUUUAUAACAGGCCAUAAAAAAAAUUGUUAGAGAAUGUUUCUUUAGGAUCCUUUAGGCACAGCUGAACCCGGGGAGGGAGGUGGGUGGCUCCCAUAUAAAAUUGACGGGGAUGCUCGUCGGAAAAUUAAAAUUAAACCCCUAAGCUAAUUUUGGUGUGGUUCUAGCUUAAACUGACCCCUAAAUGAGACCAUACUAAUACAGACAUUGUGGGAUUAUUUGCAACUUUCUUUAUGCACAUCCCUAAGCAAUACCUGAAUGGCCAAAUAUAGUGACUCUCCAUCUUACACACCCUAAGUGAGACCAAAAUCUGCAAUGUACACCUCUAAGGAAGACGACGAGCAUCCCCAUCACUUUUACGUGGGAGUUACCCCCCCCCCCAACCCCCCGGGAGGUGAACCUCUAUGAAAAUUUGCGUUGUAUGGUGGUACAGUUACUGAAGCAUCGAUAGUCAUCAUUUCUCAAAGGAUUUCUUUCGAGCUGAUUAACACCGUGAUCUAUUUUUAAAAAAAUGUAAUUAUAUAAAUCUAUUGUUCGAUUAAGUCAAAUCUAAACAAGCUAAUCCCAUAAGGACAUUCCAUUUUUUAUCUGCACCCCUCUAACGAUGGCGGGUUUUUUAAUAUGGGGGUUUCGAUUUUUCUUCAAAGGGGGUGUUUACAUGACAUCGGGGCAACUUUCACUCCUGAGUGAGUUCACCCCGGUUCCCUCUCAUGGCUCUACAUUUGUUUACAUGAUACCACCACAAAAUGUCAUGCCGGCGCGAGUCCCCCCGGCGUGAGUUCACCCCGGUUGUUAUACCGGGGCGAGAAUUUCACUCCGGUAUGAAAUCCCGUAACAGUAUCAUGUAAACGUGAAAUGACCACAAGUUUUGGUGUGAAAUCAGUCUGCUGGUAGACUGGAACAUGUAACGCAUGCAUAAUGUUUGUGAUUUUGAAUCUUACGUGUAUUUUAUCAACACGGAGUGUACCUUCUAAUAACGAGACAUGAAAUGACCCAGUCAUAACGUAAACACGAUACGAAAUAAAAAAGUCAUCUCGCAAUGAAAGUCAUGCCAGUGCGAGUUUUCUAAUGUAAAACCCCCCAAAGAAGCCAACAACAUUUGGACCCCUCGUACAAAUUUUUUAAAAGGUGCCAACAAAAAUUUGACAGUUUGGAUUGCAGUUAUCUUUAAAGGGGUGAAGAUGAAAAAUGGAACAUUUUUAUUCAUCCAUUGCCCAUGGCUGGGACAUUGUUUGUCUAUAAAUGAUUUGGCCAUGGUACCAUAAAUUUUGCCAAACAACCACAGAAAAACAUGACUAACAGUACAGUGCAAUGCUUGUUAUUGAAUCUGUGUAGUUCAAGGAAAAGAAUACUUCAAGUGUGCUGAAAACCAUGGAAUAUUUGUGCGACAAUCCCAGAUCACAGUGCUUGAGGAUGUGCCUGCCUCACCCACCCCACAGCGUGGCUCAGCUCCACGUUCCAGCAUUGGAGGAGGUUCCUCUAUUCCACUGCCGUCUUCAAUGAAAAAGGAGAGGGUAAGUUUUAGCUUUAUGUCUAGCUACAAACAGUUAAAGAUUUAAUUCUAGCCAAAAGGAACCAAAAAGUCUUUUUUGGAAACUGUCAAUCAUCCUAGAGGGGGAAUUUUUAGUUACCUCUUUUUGAACUUACACUGUAGAAGCUAAGUGAUUGCAGAGGUAGUCUAGUGGAGAGAAGUGUUAUUUUUUAGUUCUGAGGAUAUGGGUUCGAAACUCCUGAGUGGCAAUAGUUUUCUCUUUACCCAAGACCACAGCUUAGAAGUUCAUCUUCCUGGUUUCAGUUUUCUUUAGUAUGAUUAGGGCAAAAUAUAAAAUGCAAUUUUGGCUAAUGUGGGGAAAUGAAAUAAAAAUACAUGGCAUGUACACAACAACAUACAUAAGCUUUAUUUAAUCAUGGUAUUAAUUAAUGAGCAAAGGUUUAGUUAUACAGAAAGAAGUAAAAAAUAACAGAUAAAAAUGAAUGACGUUUCGGUGUCAUCUUGACACCAUUUUCAAGUUCAAAGUGAUCGCUGAUAAACUGACAAAAAAAUUUUCGGAUGAUGAUUAGCAUAUAUGAAAUGUGCACAGUCACGCAAAAAGUUUUGCUUGAAUUGGGUCCGAUUGGAUGUUUAGAGAAGGUGUUAGUCAACAAUCAAACUUGUUAUUGCCAAUAACAAGUGCAAUUUAUUGUUUAGUGCUCAAUUAAGAGACAGGGCUGUCACUUAGAUUUCAAGUUGCCGGGUAAAUAGAACAAGUAGGCGGGGAACCAAACAGUUAGGGAUUUCUUUUGGUUCUAUUUUUUCUUCUAUUUUCCUAUGAAAGUAGCCGGAGGCCACGUUCUUAGUAGCCGGGGGAAAUCCCCGGCCCCCGCCUCAUAAUGACAACCCUGAGAGAACGUGAUUAUUAUUUAUUUCUAUUUAAUUUUCAUAUUCAAUUUGUUGCAGUCAUUUGGAUCAAGAGGUUCCUUGGACAAUACAGGCAGUAAGGCUUCUCCUCCAUCAUCAAAGAUAGCUACACCAAAAACAAGUGUUUCCUCUGCUCCAGAGCCUGCUGUGCGUGACAGUCCACCUAGCGUGUCUCCUGCUACAAGUGUCCCUCCCAUCUCUUCAGGUCAGAGGAAGUCAUCAGGACCAACAGUAUCUGUUGAUGAGCAUAUGGCACUUCAGAAAAAGGUUUUACAAAGAUACCCUGCUUCUGUGUAUGCAUAACAACCCUCCAAGUUGUGACCAUUCUGUUUGCCAUGGUGCCUAAAAUUUUGCAGCUGGCGACUUGAUUUGUAAAAAAGUCUCCCUAAACCAAAAGAGUUGGUUGCCAAAUGGCGACCGAGCAAAAACGUUUACUUGGAGGGUUGCUUCAAGUUACCGUUAAUUAACCGUAGCGGUAAAUACAGUUUACAUUAAAGAAAUCAACAACAAUUUUCCUUGAUCUAUACUCUUCCAAACAUGGCAGUGAAACCACUCGCCUGCAGCUCCUGGUUACAUUUGAGUUUUGAGCAUUUGACAUUGAUUCGAGAACAGUCCAUGGAAAAUUGUUGUUGAGUUGUUUUUUUACAAUAACAUUGACAGUUUUUGAGAAGUUUCUUGGAAAAUCAUGCAUGCAAGAAAGAGAAAAGCAAAUAAGAAAUUGCACCACCAUCAUGUCAUUUCCAUAGCCUGUACUCUUAUCGAACAUAGCUCUCGAACAAUCAGUGAAUGAGAAAUCACUCAGUUGUGGUAAAAAUAAGAGAAGACCACCUCUUGCCCCAGAGAAACGGCUAGGCCACUGGGUAAAAUUGCAUAUUAUGUUGCCGUUACAACAUCUGGAAAUCAUGGUUGCCUUCUAUAAAACUCCAUGACAAACAUUACCUUGGCAGUACUAGCUCAGUCAGUAGAGCACUUGACUGCUCAGCUGGAGGUCAUAGGCUCAAUUUCCGGGAUCAGACCAAUACUCAGGGUCUUAAAUAAAAGGUACCACUUCUGUCCUGUAAAUGGCUAGAACUUUGCGUGGCUCAGAUGACCACAUAAAAUGGCAGUCUCAUCUCCAUUGGGAGACAUAAAAGUAGUGUCCUUAAUUAGCACUUUUAUGCUAUGUCGAUACUCGAAUUAAGCACGUUUUUUAAUGCAUGUUUGUCAAUAUGUAAUCAUGUACAGGUAACACAAAAUAUCUUACUUAAGGUCUCUAUUGUUUUGGACUGGUUGUUCUGAGACAAUCCAGUUAAAAUAUAACUAAAGAUUAACAUCAUUUAAAGACAGGCUCGUUUUAAUAAAAAUUUGUGUUUAAUUCAUUACAAUAACAUGUACUUAUAUGGUUAUAGGUGACUGAAAAGGAGAAAGCCAUUGUUGACCUGGAAGAAAAGCUGGAGACAUUAAAAAGCAAGCGACAGGAAGAUAAAGCUAAAAUGAAAGAGCUAGAAAAAACAAGAAUGCAGCUUGAACAGGUUAGUUGCAUGUACAUUGGGUACGUAGGUGUUAACAAUAUGUCUUUUCAUGAAGCCUUCUAAGAAAAAAUCUCUCUUAUGAAAAUAUCAGAGGCACUUGUCUUUGAUUACCCUUGAUUCUCACAACCUUUCUGACUGCUUAAUCAUCAGCCUUAUAAGGAGAAAAUUGUGGAUUGCUUUUCACAACUUUCAAAGGCAAAACUGUCUUUUAUUUAAGAUGAAAUUUUUUGCGCGUAAAAAGAAGUCUUUAAACUUGCAGAAGGAAGAUAUAACAAUAAAAAUUUAGUAAAAAAAUUAGUUAAACACGACAACCAUCAAAUUAUGUUUUUUACAGGUCAAAACAAAAUUCAGAUUAAAACUUUUUAACCUAGAUUGAUUAUCUAUUUCCUUUUGUCUCCUGGCCCUUAUUAUUAAUGAAUUAGUGCUGGGAUACAAAGGAAAUUGGGAAACAACCGAUAAUUAGGGCUACGAGAUAAAGGAAACUGAGAAUCAACUUAAGUUUAAAAAUUUUAACCAGAAUUUACUUUUGACUUGUAAUAUAAUUUACGUAGCAGCCAAAUUUGAAAUUUUUAAAACUGUUGCUAGGCAACUGCCAACAUUCAGCCAAUUAUGUAUUCUGAAAUAAUAAAUAAACAUUGUUGCUUCGAGUGUGCCUGUUAUUGAAAUAAGUUGUUGCAUACAAUGUAGCAAUCACUGGUGCACAAUCUCAAUAUUUUGAGGGAUUGUAUUUUUAAAUUAAUAUACUUCUAUGUUUCAGCUUUUUAGCAGAGAAACGUUUAUGUGUAAGUUUUAGUGUUAAGGUGUUUACCUUGAUGGAAUUAAAUGUCACUGUCAGCUGUUCUUUUGCAAACAGAACAUGUCCUUAUUCUGUUUUCAUGUUUACAUGGGCAAGUUGUACAGACACCUGAUUUUUAUCAUAUGGUUUGAAUGAAAAAUACUGGUUUUAUCUGAUACAGCUCCUGUACUUAUAUUUUUUAAAACCUAGUUUGUGGAUUAUUAAUUUUAUUAUUACUGCAGCUUUGUUUUUAUGAGAGAAAUUUUCCCAUUAUGUUAUAUUUUGAGCAUUCAACCAUGGAGGGUCAUAUAAAGUGGUUUGGUAAUUUAUCACUGUAGAUGCAAGAGUAUAAAACCCGAUGGCAAGAGGCACAACGAGAUUUACAAGCACAGUUGAAUACCACCAAAAAGGUAAAGUUCUUGCACCAAUCCAUAGUGACUUGCUUGCAUUAACAAAUUUUGAUUAUCCUACAGGUGUAGGGGUAAAAAUAUAUUAAAUUAUUUGGAGAAUAAUAAUUCAAGUGUGUGUGAAUAAGAAACCCCUCUUUGAAGGUGUUUUUGGAGCAGUUGAACUAAUUUGAUUGUGCAGCAGUUAGUGUAGACAUAGAAUUUAACUCCUGCUGCACUGUUUGUGUUUGAAAACAGAGCUUAUUUGCACAUAUUCAAAUAUCUUUUUUCCAAAAUGUAGAUAUAUAAUAACGUUUUAGUUUCUUACCACUGCCUGUUAGAAUAGAUAGGGCUGGCUUGUAUUUAUUCCAAACAGAACAACCUAAUUGGUAAAUGGUUGCUAAAUUUUAUGAAGUGCUACAUAUAUGCUGAUAAUUAUAUUUUCUUUGACACAUUUUACUAGAUGUCUAUGGUUUAUGUACAUGUGUUAUGGUUCAACAUAACCCAUGGUUUAAAUUUUCCUUUGUUUCAAAAUUGUUAUCAUGCAUUACCAUACCCAAAACAAAAGAAAAUAAUAAUUAUUAAAACAAGGUUAAAAUUGAACCACAACGCAAACAUAUAUUCGCAUUUUUUCAGCAAUGCUUCUAGUAGACAUAGACUACAAUGGAAAAAGAAAUGCAGAUUCACUCUUAUUGUCACUUUCACUUUAACGGUAUAAUUUAUACAGUCACACAGUGCAUCUGCAGCAUUAAAAACUGCAGUCUUGUCACCUUUCAGAGCAUUAUGCUGCUAUCUAAAAAGAAAAAGAUUAUUUGACAGCGCUCACAAGGACAAAACCCGGGAAGGCAGGAGCCCAGACUGUUUAGUGUUAGACAUUACAGCAUGAAGUUGGGAGGAAAUGUUCUUGCUUGGUUUAUUGACUGACUUAUUUUUCUGGUCGUAAAGGGGUUCAAAGACCUUUCCCACAUUCCUGUAGACAAAGGUCUGCACCAACUCACACAGGAAAAAAUAAUGGAUUCCCAUUUCUGGAUAUUUUAGGGUAUUUAAAGAAUACCCAUAAAAAUCCCAAAUUUGGCAAAGUGAGACAAGUCCCAACCAGGGAAUUCCCAACCAAGUUCCCUGAUUGGGACUUGUCUCACUCUUCCAAAUUUGGGAUUUUUGUGGGUAUUCUUUAAAUACCAUAAAAUAUCCAAAAAUGGGAAUCCGUUAUUUUUUUCCUGUGUCAAGGCGUAGAUUGACAAACUACAUUGAAUAACAGUACUUUAAUUUUAACAGGAACUCAAAGAGUUGAGUGAAAAUCGUCAAGAGCACAGUGAAGAGUUGACAGAAUUGCAAGAAGCUGUUGAAAUGGCAACACUGGACAAGGAAAUGGCUGAAGAAAGGGUAAUAAUUAAUGAUUUACUCAUAAGAGCUAAAGGAAGGUGGUGUUACUGAUUGUUAGCACAUGUUUAAGUGAUCUCUUAUUAAUGGCUGUAUUGUUUCUCAGCAGUCACAAGUUCAACUCUUCACUGGCGUUUGUAAUCGCUAACUGGUUUACCUCCUAUGAGUGGAGUUUUUAUAUGUAGAGUGCCUCUUAAUUAGCUGUAGAGCAGCCAAGUACACUUCCACUACAAACAAGCAUUUACAUUUUCCCAACAUUUUGUGGGAUUUUAUUUUUUUUCUCCUCACAAAAUUUUAUCACCAGUACCUAGAAAUAUUUCUUGGCCAUGUUGUAUUCCCUGAUGGUGGUGUUUUUACAUUUAGUUGGAAUCGCUUCAACAAGAAAAUGAUCAACUAAAGGAGAAACUAGAAGAGGUCACUUUGGACUUAGAAAUCCUGAAGAAUGAAGUCAGUGAAGGAGGUAAUUUAAAGUACGACUUUGAAAUUUAAAAAGGGCUCAGUUGAACUCUUUCUUCAGUGUUGAGGACAAAUUAGGGACAUUAAGAUCCCACCACAGGAACGGCAACCAAAACAUGAAAAAGCGAUAGGUUUAAUAAGCAAAACAUCUUACAAUGCUGCUCGUGGAGUACACUUUUUUGUACAUUUCUUUGCUGUCACUGCACAACUAUAACAUGAAAAUGCCUAAAUAAGCCACAAAGAAAUUUACUUUCUCUUUCUAAACUUUGAUAUGGUUCUUAGGAAUUCAAAUCUAGGAGAGUUUGCCUACAUUUGACAAAGUAAGUUAAUUGGAAUUAUCACGAUAUACAUGUGGAUUUAGAUUUUUACUGACUUUGUCUUUGAUACUUACAGGUAUUGAAGGUGCUGCCACAAAUGCUCAGGUGAAACAACUUGAACAGCAGAAUGGCAGAUUAAAGGAAGCGAUCCUUAGGUGACUGAACUACAUUUAGCAUUUCCUCUUGCACUAUAAAAAUUUGGAUGUUCUAGAGAGAAAACCUAAAAAAGAAAGGCAUUUUGUUGCAAGCUUAAGUUCCCCAGUCUUUGAGAAUGUGAAAUCAAGAUGAAGACCAAAUUUGUAAAUAGAAUAACAGAGGCAUAGAAAUAGAGAGGAAUACUAGAAAAUAAAAAGAAAUCAACUUAGUGAAACUCUUGCCAUGUCUCUAGCCCAACUAUCAUGUUUUGAAAACUUCCGGCAUACAUUGGCCUGCGAAAACAGCCGUUUCUCCUUGCUCCUCACCACUGGGGAUGUUUAAUGAGGAGGAACGUCUGCGACUCGGCAACAGAAAUUCCAUACUGAUGACAUAAAUCAAUGUUUACGUAAUAAAUUGCGUUUCUCCUGGUCCAUUUUUUGUAAAGUGUUGUGAUCAUCUGAGAACGAGCUCCAGCCGACUCAAAUACUUCUUCUAUUCCACAAAUAUUGACUGUUUUGUUAUAGAUUCACCGCAUUUACAUUUCACCUUUGUAGCCUUUUGUCUUUUGUCGGUCAUUUGUAAACAAUGGCUAAAACAAUGUAACUACUACUUCGUCCAAUCAACACUUCUGACCGGAUUCCAGACAGAUUUUACAUGAUCAGUAUGGAAUUUCUGUCCCUGAGUCGUAGACAUUCCUCCUCGCAAAAUGUCCCCAGCAGGGAGGAGCAAGGAAAAAUGGCUGUAUUUGCAGGCUAUGCAUGCAUCUAUUCCAGUUUCUUGUAAUGUUCUUUUAUGCUUGUUGUAAUGUUUGUGCUUGUUGUAUCAGGCUUAAGGAGGUUCAAGCAAGUGACAAAGCUGAGAUGCAGUCGUUACAAAAACAAAUCAAGGACCUUCAAAGUGGAAACACAACACUACAAAAUGAAAGAGAUAAACUGUCUGAAGAGUUGCAGGUACAUGAAUUAUAAACCCUCAGAUAAUCCCUCGUUUUUCUCUGUCUUCACUCGUACUGUAGUGGCUUUGUGCCUAGUUAUCAUUAUUGAGCAUGCCUAUAAGCACUGAAAUACAUCAACAGUAAAUGCAAAUAGGCCAGUUUCAAAUUGUUAAAAUUUGUAUUUGGCUCUGAGGCUUAGGGGUAUAAACAUAAGAAAAUGCAUUGAUAUCCAGAAGCAAAAUCAUCAGAGAAACUCAUGGUGUUGAUUAGAAAUACAUUAACCUAAUUUAAAUCUGCUUGCCUUCAUUAAUGUUGCCUCUGCUAGGCAACAAAGCAAUACUGGCUGUGUCUGUUAUCGAUCUCAGCCAUUCCCUACAACAAUGACAUAUUUUACGGGUGCAUAAUCUGUUAGCUCUUAUGGGCUUCUUAAAAUUCGUUCCUUUUCAGGAGGCUGAAUCUUCUUUGGCCGAACUUAAAGAUCAAGUAUGUGGUUUGUUUGUUUGCUUGCUUGUUUGUUUUAAUUUAAACUCAUCAACAAUAGAUGAGCUUGGGGAAGGUGCCUGAAUCAUGAAGCCUCAAGCACAAGAGAGGAAUGUGUAAGGUAACCAUGACAACCCUGUGAGUGGCAGCCACCAGGCAAGGUCACACUAAAAAAACAGUGGAACAUUCUUAUCUCAUACUUACCACAGAGAGGGAGGGAGGGCAGGGAGUGAAGUCGCCAAGCAUAACUGAAACGGGCAUAGCACACGAGAGAACGAGUUGACCUCAACAGCUGAGCUGUAAAACCACACCACCCCCUAUAGACCCCCACCACUCCACAUGCCUGCAAUGGGGGAGGCCGCUGACCAGCAUUGUUUCGUGUUUAACUCGGCUUAUGUUAAAUUGCUUUUAACCACAUUAUAUAUUUCAACUUUAUCACCUUAACUGCAUGAUUGAAACAGAGAAAUAAAUUAAGUGUAAGCCUUUCUUAUAAUCAGCAAACCGUAUACUUGAAAAAAGUAUUGACCUAUUCAUGCACACAAUCAAAUUUUAUUGUCUCAAUGAAUUGUUAUAUUUAUCUGGACUGCACAAAAAGUGAAAGUACUUCUUUUUUCUUAAUUUUAACAAUAUUCUUAGGUUGACACUGCUUUAGGAGCAGAGGAAAUGGUUGAAACUCUUACAGAUAAGAAUCUGGCUUUAGAAGAAGAAAUCAGAACACUCCGAGAAAAUGUUGCAGAUUUAGUGAGUUCAUCUAUUACAUAAUUAUUUAAUUUCAAUGUCAUCUACUUACCGUACUCCCAAGGUUUUUCUGUUAAAAUAAUUAUUAUUUUGUAGAAGAAAAAAUGGGUAAAGUAGUGAAGAAAUCAACUUGUAACCGACUGUUAUGUGAGCUCUGUUUUAGCUAUGUUAAAAGAUGAAAGCUUUUCUGUGAUGGUUAUACCCAACUACAUCCCACUAAACAAAAUAGAUAAAUAGGAUGCAACCAUUUUUUACUAAAUGUUUGUGCAAACAUUUUAAAUUUUUAUUUUUCUUCUCACAUUAAUAGUUUUUGAAGAUUGAAAAUUGGGUAAAGUGAGACUUUCUAUCAGCCCUGGUACAUGUAACUGAAAUUAACCUUUUGAUUUUGUAGGAGGCUCUCAGAGAUCUCAAUGAGGAACUUGAAGAGAACCACAUGCAAACUGAGCGGGACUUGAGAGAGGAAUUAGAAAUGAACAGCAAUAAUCUUCGGGAGGUAAACAUAUGCCCACAAACUCCCAAGCACACUUUUUUGCAGAUGGUGCUUUUUUUGUGCACAACUUCCUAUAUGCUGUGUGCUUUGUGGUGUUUUUUAUUCCUUUUAUAUUGUUAGAAUGACCUUUGAGCUUUAGAUACUGUAAAUCAAACUGCAAUUAAUAAAUUGUGGAAGCAGAAUUCAUCAAUUUGUUCAAGAGUUCCUUCAACUUCUGAUGACUGAUUUCUUGUCUGUAGAUGGAGCGUAAACUGGAGGCAGCACAGGAAAGUAUUGGAGAUCAUCAGCAAACAAUUCUGAAGUUCAGGGAUUUGGUAGCCAAACUACAGGUGAGAACUGUGUUUAUUACCAAUAAGGAAUUGCUUGAUAUCAAUGAUGUUGUAGCUAAUAGAAAGCUAAACAAUGAUGACAACUAUAGCAAUGAGAAAACAAAAAAAGACAAAGAGAAGGCUCAUUACCAGGUCUUUCUCUCUUGAUAAGCAAGAAUCCAGCAACAGUUUGAAUUAGAGGUAGAAGUAGACAGAAUAAUAUAGAUGAUACCAUUGCUAUUAUUUCAUUGUCUAAUUUUCCACUUAUUUUUACAGGAAAACAAUCGAGCUAUGCAAGUGCAGCAAGAAGACUCGGAAAAACAAAAGAUCAUUGACAUUCCUUCACCUGAGCUGCUUGACUUUAAGGUCAAAGCUGCUGAGUUCAAGACCUUCACUAAGGUAAUGAGUUAACUUACAAAACUGAGUAUAAUAGACCCACAGUUUUUUUCAAUUUUUGUCUGGGGCCAGGGCUGAAAGAAUACCUUUACAUCAGUUAAGUUGCCAAGUUUGAAUGUGCUUUUUAAAAGCAAAAUAAUAAAGACAUAGCUCUUUUAAGUCGCAAAAUUUUACCAAAGCAAGCAAAAGUAUUGCUCCACAAAGUUGCAAAAUUUUACAGAGGUUUGUGUGGUGGGGGGCAAGCACAGCAUCUCACAAAAAUGUUACGAGGGAGUAUCAAUGAUUUAAACAUCAACUUUGUAUCUCAACCAAAAUGUUAGGACAACGCUGGGCCCUCCUUAGACUGAGAAAUUAGACAAAUUCUACGAGCUCAAGUGUAGGACGGAACACAGUUACAAAUGGCUUAAGCCAAUUCUUUUUUUUCUGUAGACCAUGGAAAAUGACUUGAGAAAGUACGAACUAGAGCAAGCUAAUGAGCAGAUUAAAAUGCUUCACUCGUUCAUGCCUGAGACAUUCUUAAGGAGAGGAGGUGAGAAAGAGGAGUUAAUGGUAGACAGUAUCAUAAUAACUAUGUAUUACAGCUGCUGACAAUUUCUAGGUUGUGGAUUACUAACUAUACAUUUCAGCAUUAAUCAUCUUGCAUAUUGACUAUUGUUAACUUAACUAACAUCGCGCCAGCAUUUCGCCAGCAUUUCACUAUAGCAUUUGAAGAAGGACAUGGUUUGGAAGUACAGGAGAAUUGGGAUGGGGGCGGUCAAUUCUUGAUACAGUCGAACCUCUCCACAAUGGCUACCUUGGGGACAGAAGAAAGUAGCCGUUGUGGAGUGGUGGCCAUUAUAGGGAGGUAGGGGUAUAUGACACUGAGUCUCAGCUUGAGGUACAUGUUCUAAGAAUGGUCUUACAAGAAAAGUAAUGUAUUUACCCUUUAAUUGAAUUGAAAGACUUGCCCCGAUUACUCGUUGACCCGCCAUAUGGAUCAAGUUUUGUGACCAUUCUUGUCAUUUUCGUCAGUCACUGAAAAAACCGGCCGUUGUCGAGAGGUUAUUUCGGCAGUUGGGGACACGCUUUGGUCGCCAUUGCUGUUGUAGAGAGGUGGCCAUUAGUGGAGGUUUGACUGUAUUUUGGAGUCAAAAUGGGCCAAACGAAGGACUUCUGUCAAGGAAAAGAAAAGGGGUGGGAGUCCAGAAUGUGAGGUACCGAAGGCAAAAUGAAAAAAUCGACACUUUAAAAGAUCACUGAUAGCCCUGUUCGUCAUAUUGUAGGUGACAAUGAGAGUGUUCUGUUGCUCUUACUUAUUCCACGCCUGAGUUACAAGACUGAACUGCUACAAUCUCAACUCAGACAGAAGGUACAUUUUGUGUUUGUUUUUUGAGAAUUUUUUUUACAGAACUGUACAAACUCUUUAGCUCAUUGGUUGAAAGCUUCUAUUGUCUAUGAGGGUACAGACAAUAGAAAUGGAGCAGUCCUUUGUCACGCAACACGAGGAGCUUUUCAUGACUUUUGUCCAAGGGGUCUACGAAGGAGACUAUGACAAUGCAUGUAUAUUUCUUACAUGGUCUUGUGUCGUUGAAAUUUACUCUUCCAUUGCCUGUGAUAACUGAGCUUCACUUUCUUUUGUGCAGUAUGAGAUAGCUGAAUGCCUUGAAGACCCCAAGAAGAUCCAUGGGGAUGUUGGAGAGGGAUUAAGCUUUGCUACUGGGUUGAUCUACCAACUUGCUACUCUGCAAGCAGUCAUCAAGAAUAUUGAAAGGUAUAUUGAAUCAAUUUUCUUCCUUGAAACUACUAUUUGACCUUACACAGUAUUAUGGCCAUAUGAGAAAAAACAGCGUUCAACCAAAGCAUUUAACCAGAGGGUGAAAACUGGAAAUGAAGACUGUAUAUCGGUUCUUGCCUCCUUAGUAUUACUCUCUACUCUGGGAAAAUUUCAAUGGGUGCGUAUUGCAUGUGUUCUGAAAUCCCGAACCUGUUUCAGACCAAAAUUUGUGAUUGAAAUUGUUUCUACUCUUUCUUCUCAAGCUCAAGAGACCAACGGUAAAAAAACCUAACUAACGCCAGACCCUGGGGUUAAUUCAGUAAAACCUUACAAUGAUAAUUUACAAGCAUGACUAUUGUUUUCAGACUCAAAAAAAAUAGCUUUACAACUUUUAACUAAGGCCUAUUUCAAAGGGAGAACUUUACAUAUACCGAACCUAAUCCCUUCAAUUAAGUACUUAAAAAAGAUCGACGUUUGAAUCAAUAAACUCCGACAAGUUUAAUUUGAAUCUACCCAUGAAUUAAGAUCGAGUGGCCCACAUGGGAAUUUCGACUAUGGAGCGACUUCGUUUCAAAGGUCGAACUUUUCAUGUGCCGAAUCUAAUGCAUGAAUUACCAUAAUUUAUUUUGAUAGCUAAGCAUUGUAGAUCAUUGCAAACGUGAAAAUGAAUUGAGUCCGACUAAUGAGGUUCGACUCUUGAAUCAAUCGUUGUACUUAUUUCUCAUAGGUCGACCCAAAUAGGUUUUAGGUUCGGUACAUGAAAAGUUCGACGUUUGAACUGUUUGAACUGUUUUUGUGUUUGAAGGGCUCUGAAUAAAUGUGAUGCUGGCUUAUUUAACAAGUUAGUGGGUAUAUACCCAGAACUAGCCGUUCAUGAGAGAGCAUUGGAUACACUGAUUGACUUGUUCAAGAAAGACCAGGUACCAAUCAACGAUUUUUCGUCUCUCCUGUCGCCAGGCGAAUUAAGGUGAUGUUACACGAGACGAUUCGCAACAACGAUCUUUAGCGCAACAAAGCUUUGCAGUGUUGGAACAAUGUUGUUACUAUGCGAAACAAUGUUGCAAAGGUUUGUUGAGCUAAAAAUCGUCGUUGCGAAUCGUCUCGUGUAACAUCACUUUUAGGUUUAGUAGCUUUCAUUUGAAAAGUCAGUUUCUGGCAGAAGCCGAUUUUUAGGAGCCUCCAUAAAAAAACGAAAGGUGCUGUAACCUUGAAUCAACCAUUUCCCGUUUUAAUUUAUUUUUUAGAACUAUAAUUUCCCGCGAAAUUAUCGUUUCCGGGGUCUUCCGCACAGAAGCUCAUAAGAAAAAAUGGCGGCCGUGGGAGGAAACUGUUUUCUUUGUUCUCUCGCCGUUUUUUCUUAUUUUUCUCCUUCAUUUUGUUGUAUUUCAGCUUGAUUACACCGUUUCCAUGGAGCCAUUGGAGAAGGCAAUUCACUAUUACACUGUAAGUCAUCUAAAUCAGAUAUAGAAAAGUAAUAAAAAUUUUGUGUUACACAGGAUAGAAAAGGUCUCAAGGAGAAGUCUUAAUUCAAUUCCAGAGAAAUUGGCCUGCAUUUCACAAAAUAUCCGAGUUGGGAUAAUCGCGAUGAGGUUAUUUAUUUGACGAUGGCAGGAAUAGCUCGGUCAGUAGAGCGCUUGACUGCAGAGUGGGAGGUCGCGGGUUCGAUUCCCGGGGCUGGAGCAAUACUCAGAGUCUUAAGUAAAUGAGAAAUGACGGUACUGCGUUUGCCUUAUAAACGGCUAGACCGUCGCUUGGCUCGAAUGACCACGUAAAAUGGCGGUCCCGUCUCCAGUUGGAGACGUUAAAAUACAGUGAUUUUGUUACAAAUAGUUAUGGUGAGUCCUGGGACUCAUCUUGUGAAAGAUCAUGAGUCUCAGCCCAGAAACAUCGAAAAAAUUUUUUUGGGCCCUUCGGGCCUCAGUUUGGUCUAAGAAUAAGGGGGGGCUGGUCCCCUGGGCCCCUCCCCUGAAUCCGCCACUGUUUAUCAUAUCAGGAUUUAACUCGACGAUGAUGAUUUGGUGUAAAUACGUCUUUAAAUGAAUCAAACUUGUUUUUCAGACCAUGGUUCGGUUCCAUUUAGCUGGUAAACCUGUGUCGUGUUCAGAUUUCCUGGCAGAUGAAUUGAGGUUAUUUUCUGCUGGCACUGAAGGUUCAACUAUAGAGAUUGAAAGGAUGAAAAAAUUUGCAAAGGUUCGUUGAUUUAGUUUUUACAGCGUUUUGUCGUCAAUUUUUGCGAGCCUUGUUGUAAAUGUUUUCUAUAGGCUCUGCACACCGCUUGUUUGCCAUAGAUCAGGGAAUGGUCAGGCAAAAAUAAAAUUAUUUUAUAGUGUGGGACAAUUGGAAGAAGAUUGUCCAAUCACGACAGUUUCUGAAAACAAGAGUUUCAAGUUUUUUUUGCAAGUGGACCAAUAACAGACUUGCCAACUCCCAAAAGGUAAAAAAUGUGAGAUUCUGAACCUAGAGCUAUGAAAAGUGGUGAGAAAUGGGUGAAAAGGCAUGAGUUGUCCCAAAUCUCCUAGUGGAAGGACUUUCAGUGGAGAUUAUGGGUAUUGGAGCAGUAAACAUCACGAUCAGUUUUACGAUAUUUUAGGUUUUGUAAUAUCUAUGUUUUGUUGGCGCCAACUUGAAAUAAGAGAAACAGUAAGUCUGCACAUUUGGUGGCAGCGGCAAGUCGCAGGAGGCUAAAAGAAUGUAACCUUGGGUUGAGCUGGCUUCCUAUUGAUAUCUUGUUGGGAAGCGAACCCUACAGCUCCAAAACUUUUGGAGUUUGACUUUUCGAGAAAGCGUGAGAAAUCAGUUGCCAACUCGUGAGUACGUGUGUCAGGUCCCAAAAUCGUGAGGCUCAUUUUUAUUUUAGGCUUGGCAAGUCGGCCAUAAAAUUCAAGGUUCAACGUUGCAGCCGUUGAAAACUUUAAAACCGUCCGAACAUACCUGACCUCUCAGGAAACAGCCCUCAAAUUUAUGAAUGUUAUUGGUCCUCUGACAAAAAAACUAGAAUCUUUUGUUUCAGAAAACGUUGUGAUUGGACAAUCUUCUUUUAAGUGCCCCUGGCUUAGUGUCCGCACUCAGAGUCACAGAAAAGUCAGGGAAUUUUAUGUUGAGAAAGUGAAAUUGAAAUUUUAUCACCAAGGAUUAAACACCAUUGAAGGCUUAAAGAAGCUUUUCACUGUCACUGUGGUCUCAAGUGAUGUCCUGCUUUCGCUAAUGAAAGAGGCGAACUGUCACUAUCAAACUUAAUAUUCAUGAAAAGAGCGGAAGAGUUGAAAUGAUGGCCUGAGGCAGUGUAUAUAUCGUACAUUUUGUAUUUAUUUUCUCAAGGUAUAAUCCUUUUUAUAUGUGAAGUGCCAGGGAAUUUUGAAAAAUUAUGUCUGUGACAAACAUGCACAGCUCUGAAUGUUACAACUUGGAAAGGCUAUGGCAUUUAAACAAUUCACUCAUAAUUAGCUGUUGUAAUCUUAAUUUUGUGUUCCGUUUCUGUUCUUUUGUCAGAACUGUGAUGAGGGAAGUGCUUUUGGUGAGCUUGUUCAAGACAUGGAACUGAGAAAUGUUGAAGUUCAGCAGUUAUGCAGAAAGGUGACUUGACCUCAAUUCAUCUAGUUUACAGUUAGACUGAUUUUUUGGCGUUAAGCCGCAGGAAGUACACUAGCAACUACUCGUUGGUGGUGUAGAUGACGGAGUAUAGCAUUUAGAUUCGUUGUUGGACUAUCUUGCGUCUCUUUCCUGUACCUCGCUUCGCGUUGGGCUGCAUAGCAUGUUUUGAAGGCUAUGUUGCAAUGUAAUGAGUUUGUACGGCUUCCGUUACACUUUAGCUCCUAAUUAAGUCUCUCUUGACUUGGUUAUCAGUCAAACCCCGCCAAAUUGUUUGGAGUUGUUCUUAAACUUGUCUGCCCUUUGGAGCAUCAAGGGUCCUUCGUGAUAAUUACAGACGUUCGAGUGACCUCAAAGAAAUGGAGUUACUAUCUGCGGAGGAGACUAAAAAGAAUCAUUGUGGACGGUAAAAAACACUGACUGGGACCGUAUACUCAGUUCCAUAUCUCAUAUGAGCGUAGCAAAUCAUUUAGCUGUGAUUUGAACCUUUUAACUUGAUUUUAUAUUUCAGAUCAAAAUAAGAAUGCCUGAAGACCAGUCCAGUACGCUGUCAUUUUCUGAUAAGGUUUGUGAGAAUAUUUUAAGGAAAAAAUGGUUUGUUCUGAGGAGGCAGCGUGGCCGAGUGGUCAGCGCUUCGGACUCGCAAUCCGGCGGUCCCGGGUUAGUCCCGGGUUAGUCCCGAGUCCCGCUCUAGCGACUUGCUGGAUUUGUUCUUGGUCGUCCCGAGUUCAAAUCUUCGACCAAGCUUGUAAGUUGCCAACUGGUUGCCUCCUGCCAGUUGAGGUUUUUAAUCGUGUGAUGUUGUAUUUGAGUCAUUUGUUUCUAAAUAUUUGAGUGGAGUGCCUGUAAACUAGCUGGAUAAGCUAAGUGUACUUUCCACUAUAAACAAGCUUUAAACGUCGGGGAAGCCAGCGCAAUAGAGACGUUCAGUUCGAGAACGUGGACGAGAUUUUUUUCUUGUAUUCUUAAAAAAUAGAGAUCCCAGAAAGCUUUAUUUUACUUAUUUCAUCAGGAAAAUAAAUACGGUUAUUUAAUUUUUUAUUGACUGAGGUUAAGCCCUCUUCAGAUCGCAAAAUGAUAAAACUUCUAUCAUUUGACAUCUCGCGUAACCCGUAGUAGAAUAACGGCGGCUAUCACGUUUUCCCGCCAAAACAACGCUGGUUUACGCAAGCCCACUAUUCAAUGUUGAGAAAAUCUUGUACUCGUACUUGCCCUCGUCUUAGAAUCUAAAGGUCCAUAUUACGACAGUGAACCCAGUGAAAGCAAUACAAACGAAAGGCUUAGUGAGCAAAAAGAAUGUCUUAGCAUACACGUUUUACAACAAACUUCAAGGUCUGUAUUCCCGUUCGCCACAGACCUGUCUGUAUCUGAUAGCAGAGUCUUGUACCUCCGUGAUACCGAAUUCAGUCACAUGUUAAUUAAGCAAAACUUAAAGGGCAAAACUGAUGGUUUAAAAGUGUGGCAUUUUUGCCGUAACUGCUGAUGCCAUGAGUGAAUAUGAAUUGGUUUCCUGAAACUGUUCUUAGAGUGUUAUUGAUUUGACUUUCUAUGUCUACUUUCUGCCUGUAGAUCGAUGCACCUUGUGUCUCCUACUCAUGUUGUUUUUCUGUGAUUCAGGUUCAAGAGUCAUUGAUUGCCUGCGCGAAACAGCAGAGUCAACAGCUCAAAUUUUGUCGAGAAUUAGCUUCUGCAGUGUCACAGAAGGCGUCUAGUUUAGCUGGUAAGAACGAUUAGCAAACUCCUGUUUCUGCACAAUAGCAUCCCCUCCUGUUGUUCUUAACUGUUCUUCUGCACAUGUCAGCUGAAAUGUUAUGUAUCGGCGUCGCUUUCGGUAACAUCACCCAAUCAGAGGUAAAACCAAAACAACCCGUGACUUACUCGCUCGCAUUUUCGCGUGCUAAUCGCCCUCUGCCAUUCCUUGUCUCUUACUGGUUUUUCUUCCAAACACUGCUAAGCCUGACUAACCCAUGAGACAUUGUCGUGAACUGACUGUUUCCGUGGGUAGCGGCCCAGCAACAUGUUACGGACGCAGAUUUGCUUUUGAGUCAAAAGUUUUAUGGUUAAACUACUUCAGAAGUACAAACGUCUCCGCCACAGCUUGCCUUAGCUCAGGCGGUAUUUUAGUUUCAGGACUUUUAAUACAGUUUAAUACUACUCUAUCAAUACCACAAAACUUAAUCACAGAGUAUCGAAGGGAGCGUUUGGUGAUUGCUAGACAUUUCAGAUACCUUGUUUUUACUUUACAGAAAAUGAACAUUUGCUAAGUGGCCAGCUAGAUAAGUUAGCAACCGAUAUAGCGGUGCUUGUGUUUGAAACCGAUGAAAUCCCUUGUAGAGAUAUUGUCAGGUUAGUUGAACUAUUAUCUUAAACUUCAUUUAUACCAGCAGGUUUUUUUCUUAUCAGAAUUUCCUUAGUAAGUAAGAAAACUUGGCAGGUAUUUUUUUUGUACAGGAUAAACCCAACAAGUCUUCCCAUCUUGAUUCUAAACGAGCAAGACUUGUACGUGUAAAUAGGACUUAUUCUGUCUUUUUUGUUUUUCGUGUCUGUCUGUCUCAGUAUCUCUGUGUGUUUGUCUGUCUUUCUGUGUGUCCGUCGUUUUGUUUAAUAUCUAGCUUUAUUGUAAUAAAAAGGAGAACUUAAUUUGAAUGUCAAUGUAUUUCGCACGAAAGGAGUAAUUGAGGACAGUAUUGUUUUUACUUCUCCUACUCGAGACGGGACCGCCAUUUUACGAGGUCAACUGAGCCACACGAAGGUCUAGCCGUAUGCAAAGCAAAGGCAGUACCUUCAUUACUUUGAGUAUUUGUCCGGUCCCGGGAAUCGAACCCGCGUCCUCCCGCUCAAGCGCUCUUCCGGCUGAGCUUUUCCUGCCAUGGGAAACUUACGCUAAUCCUCAACAUUUUUUCACUUAUUUCUGUUCCAGUCAAACGUUCCAUGAAAUCAUCUCGUUCCUAUACUCAUUUGUAACCAAAAUGCAGGAAGGUGAUUAUGAUGCGGAGCUGCCUAAGGAGGAGUCCAAGGUAUGCCAGCGGCAAUUCGUGUUCUUUGCUAUUGUUUUUUGUUUGUUUGUUUUUUAAUCUUUCUUUGUCUUUUCUUUUCCUUAUUUUUGUAACGAUAUUAAUGAAAUUAAUGUUCCAUUCCCUUCCCCCAAAAAACAAUAAAAGUAAUAGUAAUAAUAAUAAUAAUAAUAAUAAUAAUAAUAAUAAUGAUAAUAAUAAUAAUAAUAAUAAUAAUAAUAAUAAAAUAAUAAUGGGAGUGAUUUUGUUCACAGAUUAGGGUCCUCCCUCAUCUGUUUAGAGAGGGCACUUGUCUUCCUUUGGACCUAUUCAAAGUUUACCAAUCAAACACGCUACAUUUUUGUUAAACUCGCUUUGCAGCAAUGAAUGCUGCACGUUUUACCACAGAGUACUGUUGCCUGUUGCCGAAGCUUUCACAGUUUUUUUUUUUUACACUUUUAAAGGGUUUUUUUUCAACCAGCAGUAAUGUUCGCCUUGCCUAGUCCCUAGGCCUCAUUAUUGCGCGCGGCCGAUGCAUUUCGGGUCACGUGGCCCGAGCCAGGUUUUGAGCGUUCGUCUCGGAUACGUCACCGAAAUGCAUUGGCGGAGAAAGCCUGGGAAGACGCCCUACAAGGACUAGGCAAAUGUUCACCCAAUAUGACUCUGAUCUCUUUUUUUUUAGGUGGAUCCGCCAUAUCUUCAGCGUGCAAAAGCCUUUAAGUCUGAGUUGUUUGAUUCAGCUGGUGUGGAAGAAAAACUACUACAGAAAGAGAACGAGUUCAUGGAUCUCAAGAAAAAUAUGAAAUUGAAGGUAUUAUGGACUUAGAGAUAGAAAUAAUCAGAACCUUUUCCAUCUGGGGAAUUUCUUUUGCGACACGCUUAUUAAAAUGAGACAGAUGUGAGUGUUUCCAAUUCAUCGUACAGAGAGUGACUGAUAUAACCUUUACAAACGUCUCUUCUUCCUUCCUUAUAUUUUCAGUUCAAUCCUUUGAUCUAUGGAUACGGACCCGGCGUGAAAUGAACUUUUUUGCUUCCACUUCCUUGUUUCCUUUCUAUGUUAAAGACAAGUGUUUGCUAAUUAUUGUGUUGUAAUCUCUCUUUUGUAUUGCCUUUUCUUCCCUCUUCUCUCGUUAAUAGAAUGAAGAGCUCAGUCAGGCUAACAUAAGAAUUGGAUUAUUAGAGAAGCGCUUGGAGAGUAUAAACAAAGAGGUAAGGCCACUCUGUUUAUGAAUCCACCGUCUGUGCCGAAAGAAACAGUGCCUUGACACGGUUAGUUAUAGUUUCUCGAUCCCACUAAUAUAUGCUUGAACGUUUACCCUGACUAAAAGAGGGUUUCUAACCAAACGUAAUCAAACUAAACUAAAUAUUAUUUGAAGGUGGAGUUUGAAGAUCGUUUGGGGAAGCACCGAGCAAUAAUUCGUCUCCUUUGGUCCCCCACCUCCAAAAAUCACUUGUCACGUACAUUCGUGAUGCCAAAGGUGUAUGUCUGUGAUCUUUUUUUGCGUUUGUGUGGUGCGUCCUUUCGGGACAGAUAAUUUUCGUCUGUGCUUUCUUGUUUGCUUUUUGGGCUAUUUCGUCAAGGAUUAAUCAGACAUAACUUGCCUCGAACCAUCACAAUGCCAAAAGGGUCUGUCUUUAUUGAGUUUGUUCAGUUUGCGUUUGCUUGAGGCGUGUAUUCUCGACAGGAAAAUUUAUUUUGUUUGUUUGCGUCUUUGGCCUUUCGGACUGUUUCUGGGUUUAUCAAUCAUGGGCAACCAAUUUAAUUCUCGAUUGGUCUUAACUUAGUCUUUUUAUCAACAAAUUCAGCAUGAGACCGUUAGUCGCCAUUUGAAUAAAUAAUUUUACUUGUUAAUCGUUGGGCAAAGCCGAGACGUAAGAAUAACUUGGUUUAGGUGAUCGAAAACAUUUCAGCAUUUGACGGGACGAUAAUGGUGUUUCAGAUGUGUUAACUGGUGGUUUGAAAUUAUUCCUUGAAGGCGGACGCUAGGGUGGAGGCAGCAAAUCGGAAAAUGGAACAAGCCACCGGAGAUCUGCACAAAAAGGAACGGUAAGCUUCGAACUUUAGUCAUAAUUUUCUCCACAAAGGGACAAGGUUUUUCUGUUUCCGUGUGUAAUUUCGUAAGGUCGAUUAUCUAAACAGAAUCAGACACUAUUUGUCAUGUUUUCCUGCUUCCUUCAGUUUGUCCAUGAAAACAAUACUUAAAUUUUCUUGGGCAUUCUACCUCCAUAAAAGUACCUACGUAACCAUUUUCCUUCAGUUGCUCUGAGAGUAAUAUCUCAAGUAAGUCUCAAUACCUCUUUUGUGUUUUGUUUAUUUAGUGAAUUUGAAGAUACUAUGGAUGCUCUUCAACUGGAUAUUGACAAUCUGGAACGCGAGAAAGUGGAUAUGAAGAAACGUUUAGAUGCGUAUUCAAAGAAGUCUCUCCUAGCAGACUUAGCACGCCAUGCUUCAUCGUCGUCCAGUAUUGCAGCUGUUGUGGCAGGUAUGUAAUGGCGAUUGCCUUCGUCAUCACCGCCACUACUUGCACCCUCGUCAUCAUCAGCACCCACCAUCAACACCAUAAUCAUAAACAUCAUUACCAUCACCACCAUCAACUCCGUCAUCAUCAUUAGCACAAAUGCCAUCAUCAUCAUCAGCAGCAGUAGCAGCAUGACCAGCAUCAUCAUCGUCAUCAUCACCAUAAUAUCAUCAUUAUCAUCAUCAUCAUCAAAAAUAAAAAAACAAACAGCGGUGAUAAACAUUGUGAACUUUCGCAUUUUUUCUUGAAACUUUACGUUUCUAUGCUAUACAGUUUAUGAAGUGCUACUAACCACGCAACCAAGAAUACGAUUGCGGGCUCCCAUGUUGCUCGCCCGUAAUAAACAAAACGUUUCUGUUAUGCACACCAGCUGCUCAAAUGUUAUAAAAAAAGCACGAUGUAAUUAUUCUAUCCCAUCAGGUGCUGCGGCAGUGAAGGCAGGCGGUGGCUCUCCCCUGAGGGGUGGUGCGGGGGCAGGUCAACAGCCUGUUCAAGUGGUCAUCAAGGACUCACCUAUCAUACUGGCACAGGUAUCCGUACUCUUAAAUUUUGACCCAGCAAGUUUAAUUUCAACUAAAUUCGAUUACACAUUGUAGAGGGUAAUUAAGAUUCCAGUCCCCAGUAUCUGAGGGAAAACACCGUGUGAUUCGCAUUAGAGGAAUGUGCCUCGCUGAUUUUUGUCAUCAAUAUGUACCCGCGUGUCCGUUGAAUUAUAACACGGACUACACUAUACUGUGGGCGUACGUUGUAAGGCUCAAAGGCAUGAUCACGUGUGAAGACAUCGCUUGAUCAACAGCAAACACGCCUGGAAAUGUGAUUCCAUAACACCAAAACAUUUCCGUUGAUAGUCAAAAAAUUAUGUUUUAAGUCUUCUUAAUCCUUUUUUUCAAAAACGUUUUCCAUUGCCUAAUAAGAUUUAACACUUGUGAAAUUUUACGUUGCGUUUCAAUGACAAAAAACCUCAUCUUCUGAAGAAAAACGAAUGACAUAAAAUGAACAUUUUAAUGUUGUUUGUCAUGUCGCUGAUUACUUGAGCUUCUUUUACCUUUUUAGGUGGAUUCGCUCAAGAUUGCUUUGAAGCAUCUGAGAAAUGAAAACAUCAGGCUCAAAAGCCAGCAAUUGAAGGUGCGAGGACAUUUUACAUGGUCUAAAUUACGUCGGUAUAGUUAAUGAGUCAGUCAGUCAGUCAGUGAGUCUCUGUUGGUUUUUUUUUGUCCGUCAGCCUUCCGGUUAAUCAGCUAGUUAUGUUCCUACUCGAUUAUUCAGUCGUCCAGUGAACAACAAUGAGAUAUUCAGUCAAGGAAUCAGUUAGCCAGUUGGCCAGUUUGUUCUUACGUUUGUUAGAGAUUCAGUCGGCUAAGCAGCUAGUUUGUAUGCCCAUUCGUCAGUCAGUCAGUUUUUCAGCUGGUCUUGCAGUCGUUUGCCUGAUUAAAGAACUAAUAUCUUAUCUCGUCGACGAUCAAGUUUACGUGUGGAGUGCACUUAUGAUCAAUAUACUGGACGAAGUGGCACCUGUGAAAAAAAUGCGUGUGCGUGAUAAAGAUGUGCCCUACAUGACGUCUCAUUGGAAAAGUGCGAUUAGAGCUAAACGCAGAGCAAAUGACAAGUACUUGAAAAACAAAACGCCAGAAAAUUGGGAAUUACGACGUAAAGCCAGAAACGAGGCCACUAAACAAAGAAGAAUCGCCAUCAAACAGUACUGGUAUAAUAAGUCAAACGAUUUGAAAAACAAUCCCAAGGCGUUUUUCAAAACUUUCAAGCCAUUUUUGGGUUCUAAGAGCUGCACUGAAAGAAACGACAUCCACUUAAAAAUAAACGGCAGUAUGAUAACGGAUCAACAACAAGUGGCUGAGGAAUUGGUUGAGCAUUUUGCUACCUUGGCGGAUGGCAUUGGCUCGAUUGAAAGAAAGUCAAUAGAGGACUUUAGAGACCAUCCUUGUGUUCAGAGGAUACAAUAUGAAAAUAGGAAUUCCACUCAGACCAUUGAAAUCGAACCGGUUACACAGGGUCAAGUCCUUGCAGCUCUCGAUUCGCUGAACGUAAACAAAGCCACCGGCACUGAUGGAAUUCCUUCAAAGGCUUUAAAAACAGGUGCUAAUGAAUUAUCCGCUCCACUAACCACCUUGUUCAAUUCUUGUAUUAACAAGAAUGCAUGACCUAGUGAAUGGAAAUAUGGGCAUUGGGCCCCAGUAUACAAAAAGGAUGACAGAAAUGCAAAGGAAAACUACCGGCCCAUAACUCUCUUACCAUGUGUAAGUAAAGUUCUUGAGAAGUUGGUUGGAGCGCAGAUCAACUCUGGCUUUGGUAAUUGCAUUUACCAAAACUCAUCCGCUUAUCGCAAACCUCACAGCUGCGAAACAACAUUGAUCAAUUUAGUAGAGGAUUGGAGAAUAGCGAGGGAUCGAAGACAGGUUGUGAGCAUACUUUCAACUGACAUGUCAAAGGCAUUUGACUCGUUACACCCACCACUACUUCUGAACAAGCUUGAAGCGUACAGUUUUCUGGAAAGCGCUAUUCAACUUUUAAACAGCUAUUUAAAUGAACGGAAACAUCAAGUAAAGAUCGGCCGUCAUGUUAGUUCGAGCCGAUUCGUGAGUCGCGGCUGUCCUCAGGGUUCCGCGCUUGGCCCGUUGUUAUGGAAUGUUUUCCAGAAUGACCUAUCCUACUGCCUAACAGCGAACUUGUCUAUGUAUGCUGACGACCAUCAAAUUUACCACGCAGGAGCAGACCAGGCAGCUGUGACUUCCCAGUUAAAGGAUAGUGCCAACUUAGCAACAACGUGGUAUGAUUCUAACUUAUUGGCGGGAAACCUCAAAAAGUACCAAGUUUUGAACUUGGGCUUCACUCAAAAUGACAGCAAUAUUUGUGUGAAUGAUGUUGUAAUUGAAACUAAAGAUAAUAUCAUACUUCUAGGAGUAGUGUUAGAUUCUAAGCUAAAUUUCUCUGAGCAUAUAAUAUCUACCUGUAAAAAAGCCAGCCAGAGAAUUGGUGUUCUAAUGAGACUACGUAAUCUAAUUCCUAUGAAAUCUAAGUUAAUAUUAUUCAAAAGCGCGAUAUUACCAUUCCUCACCUACUGUCACCUAGUGUGGCAUUUUUGCAAAGCGAGUGACACUCGAAAGCUUGAAAGACUACAAGAAAGAGGACUUAGAGCGGUUUUCAAGGAUAAUAAUUCUAGUUAUGAACAACUAUUAGAGAAGGCAGACCUGCCCACACUACUAAAUAGUCGCUUACAGGAUCUGUGCAUCCUUAUGUAUAAAGUAAAGCAUAAACUGUGCCCUGCAUAUAUAAGUAACAUCUUUAAAGAACCAAAUAGUAAUUACAAUCUGAGGCAAGCAGAUUUCUCUAUACUUAGGUAUGAGACAGUCACCUACGGCAAGCACUCUAUUUGUCUAUCGACAAAACUACCCAAGAGUAUUAGGGACGUCACAACCCUAAUGUCGUUUAAAAGCAAGAUACGCCAACUCAAUAUAAGUGAACUUUUAGAUGAUGGCUGCGCAGGCUGUAGCCUUUGUUCAUUUUGACUUCUGUAUAUUUUUACUAUAAAUCUCGUAAUUAGAUAACUAUGGAUAUUUUACCUACUACUGUAUAUAGUUUUUACUUUGUAUAUUCUCCCCUAAUUGGUGUCCCCAAAUUAGUAAGGGAUUCUUUUUUCCCUGGCUAGACGGCUUUGACACUUUAAUAAAGUUUCUAUCUAUCUAUCUAUCUAAGUGUGAAUACUUCAUAGAAAUUGCAUACGUUCGAUAUCUACCCACGAAUUAUUGAUGUGUGAGGGCAGCGAAUGAGUGAAAUUUCUGUACAAAACACUUUCCAUGUGGCAUUGUUUUGCUUAUAUUCGUACUGUGACAUUUGAACUUAAUAUCUGCAUUCAUGUAUUUGCAAUAAGCAGUGGCUUCAUAUGCGCAGUAGUUACGGCAAGGACUAACGCAUUUAGUUUUCAAGUAAUCAAUUCAUUAAGAGACACUUGGCCUGGUUUGACUGUUAAGCUCUUGAUUUGCUUUACGAUAGACUCAAUGAAUAUAGAAAAUAUCUCGCUUCUUUUUGUCCAGUACUUUUAUGGACAUUUUUUUAUUCCGGCCUUUUCUUUACGUAGCAACAACUGGAAGAUUUGCCCAAAAUAUACGUUCCACCAAGAAUCCAGCCUUGCACUGAACCUGAACAGAAAUCUGAAGAAAAAGCCAGUGAAGAAAAACCCGAAAAAGAAGCUGUUCCAAGCCUGAAUUCCAUCACAAGAGAAACUAACAAACUGAUGGAGGUAUUUAAAUUACAUGACUUUGGCACAAGUUAUGUUUUAUCCAUUCUAUGUUUGGCGUCUCUCUUUUUUUCUUUCUUUCUUUGUGACCUGGUGCUUCAUAUCUGAUGAAAGAGGACGAGAUCAAGCGCAAAGAAAUUAUUUGGGAUAGGCUCUGUCACGAUGUUAAGUUAACACAAUUUUAGUGAAGUUUGAAGAAACUACAAAACAUUAAUUUAAGGUGUCUAACCUCAUUUUCAGACUCGGAUAGGAAAAUUCAAAGAAGUUGCCGAAAGUAGUGUUUCGCUAAUUGACGUGUUAUCGUCUUUUUUUCUUGUCAGAACCUGCAAAAGAUGAGCGCUUUUCCUAAAGUGGUUGAUAUUUCUAACAGAAAACCUGGUAAGAUGAUUAAUCGCUCAAGGUGAAAAGAGCAAAAGUUGUUGUUUAUUUUCUGGUCCAUCCUAACCCUAGUUUGAUUAUCAAUAGGUUCAGUUCCUGCGCUCAAUAAAUUGACACCUGCCAAUCAUUUGGUAGAACGAGCUGCUAUGUUAAGAGAUCUCAAACGACAGAAGGAAGAGGUAGGCUUUACAAUUCUUUGAAUCGUUAGCACCUCAGUAACCUUGUGUAGCAAAAUAGCCAGUAGUAUAACCAGUAGUACUACGGCGCAGAACACUUCAGAAACUGAAUCACAGCCUCAACAGUUAGAGACUUUCUCAGAUAAUAUUUAUUUUAUAUUUAUUUGAUUGAUUGAUUUCUUUAUUUUUUGUUGGGCUUUCGGGACUUCGACGCUUGCUCUUUUGCUGCUUAGCCUAAUUAAAACCGCUCCGCUCGCAUUAAAGAGAAGUCUCGAUCGAGGACUGGGGGACUUUCGAGAGUUCGAUUUGAACGAAGUCUACACCUGUUACUGUAUAAUAAAUAGUGUCAGAAGAAAGUACUGAUUUUUAUUGGUAGAUUUCAUUCGUGAUUUGCGUACGUCUUCCAAAAACGCAAUGAUUAGAACCGUCUACUUUACUAAAGGAAAAACUGAUUACUGAGUCAGCAUAGAGAGAUCGUUGAGAAUUCACUCUAUCUUGUUUUACUGAUUUUUAAUGUUUCUCAAUUCUUUCCAGCUUCAAGGCAAGAUCCAAAAAUUAAUAGCAGCCGAAUAUCCUGGAGGAAUAUCUCAGAGUUCCUUCUCGUCGUUCUUGUCUCCAGAUUUUUCCAAGGUAUUGUUAGCUGACGUAAAUCUUCUAUCAAGUGCUCCGGAGGGGGUUAAUUAUUUCAAACACGUUUGAGGGCGUAGGGGGAGCUUUAUAGAGACGGGUAGCUUAUUUGAGAGCGGGGGGGGGCUUAUUUAAACCCCAUUAACACGCGCGAAAAAAAUCGGCACGGCACUCCCAGUUUUCGACAUCUAAACGUAUCGGUCCCAAAUGUAAUGUGACACCAGUGCUCAAAAUUUUAGGAGUGCCGAGAUUACCUCCCGGAGGUAGUCUCGGCACGGGUAAACGAGGCACGGUGCCAAAAAUUUGGCGUGCCGUGCCGAUUUUUUUAGCGCGUGUAAAUGGGGUUUUAGUCUAGCGAAAUGGGGCGCCAUACUACCUUUUCAAACAACCAGAGGAUGGUAAAACGCAAAGUGGAAAAGCUCAAGCACAUGAAGUCAGAGGUUAUGAAGCCGAUGAUCAAUAACAAAUCCAAAUUUCCAGCACAUAAAUUAACAAUACCGGAUCAAUCCACAUAAAGUUUUACAGCCAUGAAUACAGUCAUCAUUCAUUCAUUUGGUGGUGAAUGAUGAGCUUAAUAACUUUCUUUCCCCGAAAAUAGGGGUUUAUUGAGAGAGGGGACUUUAUAGUGAAUUUACAGUAUUUUGAAUGAAUUUCCGAUCGCGUAGAAUGCGUAUUGUUCUCGGAUCAUUUGGUUGCAGUUCAACAAAGUUGUAAGGAGUGUCACAUUAUGCUCUGUCAGACUGUCAUGCAUAGACGGCUAUGAAAGCGCUUUAACUAUAGGCUGCCUAGAACGCACGAAGAUGCUUUUGUUUUUCUUUUGUUCGCAAAAUCUCAGAUAUGCGCAUAUUUCGCCGCGAACAAUUUAGGCCCCGUCCACACCAUCCCUGAUAUUUUCGGGUCGUCCCCGGUGUAAUAUAAUUUAUUUGUUUUCUUUGUUUUAUGGACUAUUGUCAGGGUUAGGUUCAUUUGUAACGAUUUUUUUUCCUUUGUUUUACGUCAGCUGUGAGUAAUAAAUUGUAUUACACCGCAGAUGAGCCAUAUUUUCAAACGAAUGCGCCUUCCAUCGACAAAAAAUCAACAGAAGUUAGUGUUCGCAGUAGUCAUAAGAAAAUGAGGCAUGAACGCAAUGCCUGCUCAGUUUAAAAUUCGCGGCUAGUCGGCUAUUCAAGACGCUUUUGCAUUCAAUUUUUGCUGAUUAUGAUGUCUAGGCAUUCUGCGCGAUCGUGCAGGGCAAAAUAAAACACUGCUGAUUCUUCUGUUAGAGCUGGUAAAACUGUCUACCUAGUUCGUAUCAACAUUUAAAACUAUGAGCUUCCAUUACACUCAGCAAAAUAAAUUGUUCAAACAUUUUCUCUGUGAUCUUCUAGGUGCUCCAAGAGAAGGCACAGGCACCCCAGCUUGGGAGAGUUACCAUUCCUGUGCCAUCACGUACAAAGUCAAACAAGUAUUGCGUAACAUUGAAACCUCAAGAGUUCCGAACGCUUCAUACGGUCUUUGUCAGCUAG